AUGCCGGUACUGGAGGUGAUCUGCAGCCUGAUUGGCUGGUUCUGUCUCUACCUGUUGUUCUGCUGCACCUUCGCUCACCGGAGUCCCGAGUGGAACUGUCGGCUGGUCACUUUGUCCCACGGGGUCCUGAUAGUGCUGCUCACAGCGUAUGUCGUCUUCAUAGACGGACCAUGGCCCCUUACACAUGCAGGCACAGAAAACACCAAGCUCCAGACCUUCGCCCUGGCUGUCUGCCUCGGCUACUUCUUCUUUGAUAUGUGCUGGUGUGUAUUCAACCAAACGGAGGGCCCUGUCAUGCUGGCGCACCACGCUGCGAGCAUCAUGGGCAUCCUGCUGGCUCUGCUCAUGGGAGUGUCAGGCUGCGAGACCUGUGGAGUUAUCUUCGGCAGCGAGAUCACCAACCCCCUGCUGCAGACCCGCUGGUUCCUCCGCCAGCUGGGCCUGUACGAAAGCCUGCUGGGCGACGCGGUGGACCUGAUUUUUAUUUUACUGUUUGCCACUGUGCGCGUGGGAGUGGGCACGGUGAUGUUUUACUGUGAGAUCACCUCUCCCAGGACCACGCUGAUCAUGAAGGUCGGCGGCGUGGUUAUGUAUGGACUGGCCUGGGUGUUCAUGGUGGACAUUGCCAGAUUUGGCUACAAGAAAAGUAGGGCUAAGUAUAAAAAGUGGAUAGAGAACCACAAACUCAAAGAAAUCAACACACAAAAGCUGGAUUGA